AUGGUCGAAACAAUCAAAAUCGAAACAUCAACAAUACCAAUAACAACAGUAGUCAUACUCAUUCUCCUCAUCCUACCUCUUCUUCCUCUUCCUCCGUCUAUUCUUUUGUCUAUUCUUCUCCUUCGUCGUCUUCUUCUCCACCUCCUUCCCGUCGCCCCACUCGUUUUCUCCAGACUGGCAGGGUGAGCCCGCUCACUCUGGCAGCCUGGAAUGUUCGUUCCCUUUUAGAAAAUCCGAGGAGCGACCGACCGGAACGGAGGACGGCGCUAGUGGCACGAGAACUGGCGCGCUACAAUGUGGACAUCGCCGCACGCAGCGAGACCCGAUUCUCCGAACAAGGCCAACUGGAGGAGGUGGAUGCCGACUACACCUUCUUCUGCAGCGGUCGACCCAGGGCAGGGACGCGGGUGUCGCCUUCGCCAUUCGGAACGACAUCGUGGGACGACUGCCCAGUCUGCCGCAGGGCAUUAACGAUCGCCUGAUGAGCCUCCGCCUGCCUCUCUGGAGAGGCAAAUUCGCCACCAUCAUCAGCGCCUACGCUCCGACGAUGACCAACCCCGACGCCGUCAGAGACAAAUUCUACGAGGACCUGCACGCCCUCUUGGCGACUGUGUCGAAGGCGGACAAUUUGAUUGUCCUUGGCGACUUCAACGCCCGCGUCGGCACAGACCAUACUGCCUGGAGAGGAGUGCUGGGUCCCCACGGUCUCCGCGGCUCAAACGACAAUGGUCUGCUGCUGCUCCGCACCUGCGCAGAACACCGCCUCAUCCUGAAGAACAGCUUCUUCUGCAUGCCGGAGCGGGAGAAGGCCACCUGGAGGCAUCCUCGGUCGCGCCAGUGGCACCUGCUGGACUAUGUCCUCGUCCGGAGGCGAGAUCAGCGGGACGUACUGAUGAAAAAGGCGAUCGCUGGCGCUGUCGGGUGGACCGACCAUCGCCUCGUCAUCUCGAAGAUGCGUAUUCGCCUACAGCCUCGCAGGAGACCACAAGGUAAGCGACCCCCAGGUAAGCUGAAUGUUGCCUUGUUGUCUUUGCCCGCUCACCAUCUUCCUUUCAGCAAUGAGCUAGCUCAAAGGCUAGACAACCUUCCUAUCGCAGCCGACACCGCCGCUGCCGAGAACGCCUUGGUGGAGAACCGCUGGUGUCAACUGCGAGACACGGUCCAGUCGACGGCGCUCGCCGUCCUCGGUCGCGCUCCCCGCCAACACCAGGACUGGUUCGACGACAACGACGCCGCCAUCAGAAAUCUGCUCGCUGAGAAGAACCGCCUCCACAAAGCCUACGUAGAUCAGCCCACUGAUGCCACCAAAGCUGCCUUCUACCGCAGUCGCCGCCAACUUCAGCAACGACUGCUCGAGAUGCAGGACGCCUGGACUUCUCACAAAGCUGAGGAGAUCCAAGGAUACGCGGACCACAACGAAUAG